AUGCUUUCAAAGCCUUUCAAGGAAUUUUACAUUCCUGCGGAAUCUUCUUCCGUCCAUUUCUUACGAGCAACACUCUGCGUAGGCUGUUCUCGCGGCUUCGAGGUUGUCAGUCUGGAAACCACUGAAAGACAAUCGCUGCUGGACCAGGCCGAUACCUCCCUCGAUUUCGUUGCUAGAAAAGAGAACGUAAAGCCCAUCCAUAUUGAACGGAUGAACGGCGAGUUCCUCCUUAACUAUAGCGACUUCUCCUUCUUCGUCAACCGUAACGGCUGGAGGGCUCAGCCAGACUGGAGAAUAGCGUGGGAAGGAAAUCCUGUCGCGUUCGCGUUAUCGUAUCCAUACAUUCUCGCUUUCGAAUCGAGCUUUAUAGAAAUCAGGCACAUUGAAAGCAGCGAACUAAUCCACGUCAUGACGGGACGGAAUAUUCGGAUGUUGCACUCGUCUACUAGGGAGAUUAUUUAUGCGUACGAAGACGAAGCAAGCGAAGAUGUGGUGGCUAGCUUGGACUUCUGGAACAAACCCGC